UGCAGCUCUGUAUCGAAGGGGUGAAUCGAUUAUUCAUAUCAACUCUAAGUCUGAAUCUGACUCCUGGGUCCGGGACUUAAAACACUUGAUCCAGUUCUGCAGCCUGUGUGCCACCUUGUGUGCGCGUAGUGUGGGAGGGGUUUGCUGCUGCUGUCACUUGCUCCUUCUAAUUAGCAGCGCGUCCUGGAGAAGAACCUCAGAGCCGCGACGCGUCCGAGGCGCAGAGGGAUCCCGGGGGCCACUUCACCUGCGCGGUGCCUGUCAGUCCGGAUGCUCUGCGCCCACCGCUGCUGAGUCCACGCUCGGCUCAAAGAGCGCUUUAAAAGAAAAAAGGAAAAACAGAAAUCCCUGUUCACGUUUCUCCUGCGCGUCCCCGCGUCCUUCCGCGCGCGGAUCCCGGCAGACGCGCCGACCGGGUUGGUCCCGCUGCGCUCCGAAGUUCCCACAGCUGCCGCGCUGCGCGUCCGACCUCCAAGUCAGCGACAGGACUUCAAAAAGCUGCCGGAAGGAUGAUGUCCUACAUAAAACAACCUCAUUACACCAUGAACGGGUUAAACCUACCCGGUCCCGGGAUGGACGUGCUCCACACCACAGUCGCUUAUCCCCCCACUCCGCGGAAGCAGCGCCGGGAGCGCACCACCUUCACUCGGACACAGCUGGACAUCCUGGAAGCGCUGUUCUCCAAGACCCGGUACCCGGACAUCUUCAUGCGGGAGGAGGUGGCCCUGAAGAUCAACCUGCCCGAGUCCCGGGUGCAGGUGUGGUUUAAGAACCGCCGUGCCAAAUGCCGCCAGCAGCAGCAGCAGAGCAGUGGCCAGUCCAAACCUCGGCCUCCAAAGAAAAAGGCCUCACCAGCGCAGGAGCCCAGUGCUCCCGACCCAGUCCCCAACCCGUCUGGUUCCUACAGCCCCUCCUCGGCUCAGUCCGCCGGGCCCAGCCUGGCCCCCAGCUCCAGCACAGGAAACACGGCCGUGUCCAUCUGGAGCCCGGCCAUCUCCCCCCUGCCCGACCCGCUGGCCUCCUCCGCCCCCUGCAUGCAGCGACCCUCGCCCUACCCCAUGAGCUACGGCCAGCCGUCGGCCUACACCCAGGGCUACGCCAGCACCACCUCCUACUUCACGGGCCUGGACUGCAGCGCCUACCUGUCCCCCAUGCACUCGCAGCUGUCCGGCACCGGUGGCGCGCUCAGCCCCAUCACCGUCCCCUCCAUGGGGGGCUCUCUGAGCCAGUCCCCGGCCUCGCUGUCCUCGCAGGGCUACAGUACCGCCUCCUCCCUGGGCUUCACCUCCGUGGACUGCCUGGACUACAAGGACCAGCAGGCCUGGAAACUGGGCUUCACUACCAUGGACUGCCUGGACCACAAGGACCAGAACUCCUGGAAGUUCCAGGUCCUCUAGGAGGCGAGGAGGGGCGUCCCUUCAUGAGUGUGUGUGUGAGUGGGUGGGCGUGUGCGUGCGUGUGUGUUGGGUGUGUGGAAGUGUGUGACUUAGUCCAGCAUCCAGCAUGAGAGGGCAGGUUUCUGCUGUUUCCUGUUUGUUAGCCUGUUUGUAUAUAUAUUUUUCGUCUGACUGUGAGUGUUGUAGGAACAGACAGAACUGGAAGGCCUGCUGGGAAAAACAGAGUGUCUUUAGUCAGAGGCUUCUUCAAAGUCACUGUAACACAGGCUGCUACAGGAGAUCUCUC